UAAGGCAGGACCUCCUGGUGGCACCCAGUCAGUGUCAUGGCUGUUAGCACACACACAAGACCCCAGGGCUGGACAUAAGGCACUCAACUCUCUCAUGGCUGUGGGUUGGCUUUGAGUAGUAGCAACGACGUGGUGUUUCCAACACUGCCUGUGUGUGUGUUUGUUUUUGUGUGUGUGCAAACACUCAGAGCAGUGCCUGGGAUGUGUCCUCUCAUGCGACUCGGAAGAAACUCUGUGGUGCGGGGAGGAGCUUCUGUCAGGCUCGUUAAGCCAAGCUCGAGAGCCAAGAGCGGAGUGGAGUGGAUGACGCUGUGACAGAGCCGUCUGACAAGGAGCCAGGUCAUCUCUGCACGGCGUGCUUCCACGCCCCUGUGGGCUCGGGGACUGUGCAGUUUCCAGGCAAAGCAGUAAAGCUAGGUUUCUCAAAGAGCUUCCUACUGUGGCUGAGUCCAGUCCAGACUAUGGCUUGCUUACAAUCACUGUUGACUAAGAAGGAGGAAACCGUGGGAACAAUGGAAUAACUGACUGACUCACCUCAAACAAGUUUGGGAAAAGUAAACAAAAUCCAACAAUUGAAAAAACAACAAACCGGUGCUUACACCGUGCCUGCCCCCCCCGGAGAUGUUCCGCCGGAAGAAGAAGCGGAGGAGGCCGGAGAUCUCGGCGCCGCGGGACUUCCAGCACCGAGUGCACACCUCCUUCGACAAGGCGCAGGGCUGCUACAUGGGGCUGCCGCCUCAGUGGCAGAGCCUCAUCGACACGCUCAAGAGGCCCAAACCAAUGGUGGACCCCUCCACCGUCACGCCUAUGGAGCUCAUCCCCAGGAAGACCAUCGUGCGUGGGAGCUUCAUCGGUCACAGUGACUACAUCUCCGCCGUCCUCUCCCAGAUGGCCCGCCUCUCCGUCUCCAGCUCCAACUCCCUCCGCCGGACCAGCCCAUCACUGCGGAAACGCGCCAAGUCCAUGGGCCGCAUUGGCGAGGUCUCAGAGGGCAAUGUGUACCAGUACGAGGAGGUGAACGCGGCGGUGCGAGGGCGGGCAAGCCUGGCGGCAGACUUGGAGGAGAGGAUGAGGAAUGUCCGCAGUGAGAGUGGCAGCCCGCGGUCCCCUGGCAGAACCAGCGCCACGCUGCAGCCCAACGGCGUCGUCCCCCGCGCCAAGUCUGUGCACGAGGUGUGUCUCGACCCCAUUGCCCCGCCCAAGACCACACCCAGGGGAGCCGCGCCCCCACCUCUGAUCGGACAGUAUGCACGCAGCGAGGCACCCCGUGCUCAGUCAAUCAGCAUGGCUCAAAGGAGCAAUGCGGCCAAUCAGAGGCCUGCUUCCUGUUUCCUGAACCACUCACCCUCCAAUCACACACCCAGUAAGGUUAACCUCAGCCUCAAGCUGGAUGGCAUCUCCAUGGAACCUCCAAGAAGGCCUCACUCUUCCUAUGACCCCAAGAUAAACUUGACAGCCUACGCAGCCAUCACCCGGCCCAACUGCACCAGCACUCCCAAAUCUGCCCUCCGAUCGUCCCUUCAUCCAGUCUCACGCCCCUUCUCCAGCCUCUCUGUGGGCCCACCCACAGGCUGGGGAGAGGCGCAGUCCCACGGUCACCUCCAGAGCCCGAGACAGGAGGACCUGCGUCCCUCCCCAGCGGGGUCUUCCUCUGCUGGGCCGGUGGGUUCUGGCUCCCCCUGCCUCCGACCAGCCAAGACCCCGUCCCCCGAGCCGGAGCUGCCCAAUGUGACGCACGAGCAGUUCAAGACGGCGCUGCAGAUGGUUGUGGACAAGGGGGAUCCGCGGGCCUACCUGGAGAACUUCGUCAAGAUUGGCGAGGGCUCGACCGGGGUGGUGUGCAUCGCACGGGAGAGGAACACGGGGCGGCAGGUCGCAGUAAAGAUGAUGGACCUGCGCAAGCAGCAGAGGAGGGAGCUACUCUUCAAUGAGGUGGUGAUCAUGAGGGACUACAGACAUAAGAAUGUAGUGGAGAUGUACAAGAGCGCCCUGGUGGAGGAGGAGCUGUGGGUUGUCAUGGAGUACCUGCAGGGCGGCGCUCUCACCAACAUCGUCUCAGAAACAAGGCUAAAUGAGGAGCAGAUAGCUACAGUAUGUGAGGCAGUUCUUCAGGCUCUGGCUUAUCUUCACUCUCAGGGGGUCAUCCACAGAGACAUCAAGAGUGACUCCAUACUCCUAACAGUGGAUGGGAGGAUAAAGCUGUCAGAUUUUGGCUUCUGUGCUCAGAUCAGUAAGGACAUCCCCAAGAGGAAGUCUCUGGUGGGGACGCCAUAUUGGAUGGCGCCAGAGGUCGUUUCUAAGACACCAUAUGGCCCUGAGGUGGAUAUCUGGUCUCUGGGCAUCAUGCUGGUUGAGAUGGUGGACGGGGAGCCGCCGUACUUCAACGAGACACCCGUCAUAGCCAUGAAGAAACUGAGGGACGAGCCCGCACCCACCGUCAGGAACAUACACAAGGCAAGCGCACACAUGAAAACAUCUGGAUAUGAAACAGAAACACAACCCAUGGGGUUAAUACAUCUGGAUAUAGACUGAUCUACAGAACACAAGGCAAGCACACACAUAGACACAUCUGGAUAUGAACUGAUCCAAAGAACA